UCUAAAUAAAUAACGUUACACAAGUUAGUAACAUAAAUGUUGAACCAACAAGUUUCAAUGUAACCUGUAUACUUCAUGGUAUACUUAGUGUAGCUAGCUAAGUGUUAAACUUCCGCCUGCAAAGUAACGUUAGCUAUCUAGCUCUUGAAAAUCAAUGCGGGUUACAGUCUGUGGUUACAAAGCACAACGUUACUAACGUCAGCUUAAAGGAGCACUAAUGUGAGUGUUAGCAAAGAUCCAUAACAGUCUCUGGUGUUAGUUAGCUAGCUAGCUUAAUGCAGGUGUAAUGUCUGGUGAAGCACGCUGACGCAACGUAUUUUUCCCCAACCUUCAUUGAAAAAAACAUUCAAAACGUUACGCGGUUAGGGUUAGAGCAGUGACUGUAAAAAGAAGGGUUAGAGCUAGUUACGUUUUGUCGUGUGAUUUUUUUGUUGUUGUUGUUGUUACGCUACUUGUGCGUAUAACGUUGUUUUAUGAAACAAUAAAGAUGUAUUUAAAAAAAACGUUAUCAUGCCCCGCCUCCCUUUAGCCCCUAACAUUUGUUCCCGUGGCAACAGACAACAAACAUUUCCAAAUUUUGAACGGAUGUCGCUAAGUUGUCAAGUUUAUGAGUAAGCUAGCGACAUUUAGAUAUAACAAAACAUUUAGCUCGUAUUAUUAGUCUUUGGAACUUGUUAACAAUUAACUAGAAACGUUAGCGUUUAGACUAGCUAGCUAAAACGUUAAUUUAUUCUCCUUUGCUCUGGACACCAAUAACCGAGGACCAUGAGACUGGCAUCCAGCUCCACGAGUUCAAGGAGCAGCUCGGACACCCGCCGGUACCGCAUGCGAGCCCCAACCUCUCAGGUGGAUGAAACCCUGUUUGGGAGCCCAAAACCGAUAUCAUCACAGCUAGACAUACGUGGAAACUCAGCCUCCAAGGCCAAGAAUCCGUCCCAAAAGAACCAAGGAGAGACUGUUGUUCAAAUCGUCACCAAGGACCUCAUUCGCAAUCUCAGGAUCCCAUUUAAGGAUCCUUCAGGAGAGUCCAUUAUUCUACCAUCAGCUGAGUUUGAGCGGAUCACCUCAACGUCCCGGGUUGUUACCAAGGAGCAGAGGGAGGCCCUGAGGGAGGCUUAUCACAGAAAGAAAGAAGAGGAAAUUAAUGCUGCAGAGGAAAGGAAGCGUCAAAUCUAUGAGGCAGACUUGUCCCGUAAGGAGAACCAGGCACUGACGGAGCUGGAGCGCGAGGCCCGGGACCGUGCUCAGCGCUUAGUGGAGCGGGCCAACGCCUUAAGGAUGGAGCAAGAGGAUGAGAUCAAAAAGCUCAACAACCUGAUUAUGGGUGCUCAGUGUCAAGCCACUCGUGACACCCAGAUCCAGGAGAAGAAACAGAUCCAGGCAGAGUUGUCAGAGGAGGAGAAGCGUCUGGAUACCAUGAUGGAAGUGGAGCGCCGCAAGGCCUUGGAGACCGUGGAGCAGAUUGAUGAGCUGCGCAAACAGCAGAGGAUCGGGGGAAUGCAGAAAAUCUACGACCAGAUCCGGCAACAUUUGGAGGAGAAGCAAGUGCAAGAAGUGAUGAAAGAGAUGGAGAGACAGCAAAUACGAGAGAACCAAGAGAAAAUGAACCUGGAAGACCUGAAGGCCCUAGAGAAGAAGAGGGACGAGCAGCAGCGUCUGUUGGAAGAGAUCAAGUGUAUCAACAGAGAGACUUUGCGGGCCAAGGAGCAGCGGAGAGAGGAGGAGAAGCUGGCUGACAUGAGAGAUUUGGAAUACAUACGGAAGAAAAUGGAGCGAGAGGCAGAAUAUGAAGCAGAGCAGAGACGAAUCAAGAAAGAGAAGGAGUUGGAGAUUGCCAGGAUGAGGGCCCGUCAAGAAAAAGAAAAAGACUACAGGGCAGAGCAGGAUGAGCUCCGUGCCCGGAGGAACCAAGAAAUCGCAGACAGAGAAUGGAGGAGAAAACAGAAAGAGCUUGGUGAAAAGAAAGCGAAGGAGGAAGCGAUGCUGAGGGCGGCUCGCUUGGAGCAGGUUCACGGCAAAGAGCACUUCCUGUCGAUUGAGGCUGGCCGGGAGAAGGCAGAGUUUGAGAGACUGCUGAAGGUGCAACAGGAAGCAAUCAUCAAACUGAAGGAGGAGGAGGAGAGGCAGCGUCAGAAAGCACACCGUCACGCAGAGGUAAUCCGAAAUCAGGUGAAGGAGCGUGAACUCUCAGCCGUAGCCAAGCGCAGAGAGAUCUUCAAGGAGGCCGAUCGGUUGAUCGAGGAUGCCCGGCAGAGGCGUGCGCGCCUCGAUGAGAUCAGAGAGAAGAAGCUGAAGGAGCUCAAGGCUACGGGGCUCUCUGAACAGUACUGCAGUGAAGUGGAAAGGAAGGCCCGGGCCUGCGUACUCUAAUUCACUCACUACUGGAUUCAAAUGGUACGAAGGCAUCCCAUUUUCUGUGGUCUCAUUUAAGUAGAAAGAACACGUUUCAAGUACUAAUGUAACUUGAACAUAUAUAAGAAUGUACCAAUAAAAGGUUUCUACUGCACUUUAA